GGUAAAACGAAGAAGUUCGACAUGUUCGAUUUGCUCGUGGCUUACAUCCUAACUGUGAUCGGUUUGACCGCUGGGCAAUUGAAUUUUGGGACAACGUCAUUGCCGCAGUGCCAAAAUGAUGCUGCUUGCGCUCCACCAUCUGUAUGCAUUGACAACAUCUGCGCACAAGGAGCGUCUUGCAAAAGUAACGCUGAUUGUGAUGAUCCAAGGUUUGAGUGUAACCGACAGUUUUGCGUUCCCAAGCACAAGUGGAGGCCAGAUAAGUUGAUGACUUGUAAAACAGACAGUUCUUGCAUCUCACCAGCAACGUGUGUGGACAACUUCUGCAUUGUGACCAAACCUUGUCAGAAUGACUAUGACUGUGGAAGUUCACAAAUAAGAUGUGUUCAGAACAUCUGCGUUGUUUUUCAGCCAGUGACACUACUUAAGCCUAGAGUUGGAUCCAAUCCUUCAUAUCCUGGCCAGAUUCCAGAUGUAAUACCACCGCCCCCGCCUCAGCCGAUAUUCGACUGCGUGAACGGUGCUUGCCCCGAAGGAUACACGUGCCUAGCUGGUUCUUGCCACGCAAAAAAUUGCAGGGUUGACUCCGAUUGUGGUGGCUACGGCAACGGCUUUAUAUGCAUAAAAGAUGUGUGCCUGCAAAUUACACAUCAAUUCAUCAAUCUUAAAACAUAUUUAAUAUAA